UAUGCAAAAGUUUCUCCAAAAAGUCAUUACCAAUAAUUUGACAAGAGCUUCAAUGGCUCAUUUUGGUCAAUCAUUAAAGCCACCUGUUAGAGUAGCUAUUACAGGUGCUGCUGGUUAAAUUGGAUAUUCUCUAAUUUUCAGAGUUGCCAGUGGUGAAAUGCUUGGACCAAAUUAACCAGUUAUUCUUCAUUUGAUCGAUUUACCAUUUGCUAUGACUGCAUUAAAUGGUGUAGCAAUGGAAAUUUAAGAUUGUGCUUUUCCAUUGGUUUAAGGAAUUGUGGCUACAGAUAAUCAAACUGUAGGAUUCAAAGAUGUCAAUUAUGCUCUUUUAGUUGGUGCUAAGCCAAGAGGACCAGGAAUGGAAAGAGGAGAUUUAUUAAAAGACAAUGGCAAAAUCUUCACUGAAACAGGAAAAUACGUUAAUGUAUAAAUUUAUAAUCUAUAAUAGGAUCAUGCAAGCAGAGACAUCAAAGUAGUAGUUGUUGGUAAUCCAUGCAAUACAAAUUGUUUGAUCUUAGCUAAUUAAAUCAAAGAUAUUCCAAAAGAGAAUUUCACUGCUAUGACAAGAUUAGAUCAUAAUAGAGCACAACAUUAAUUGGCUGAUAAAUUAGGUGUUCAUUCAUCUGAUAUCAGAAAAAUAGCAAUCUUUGGUAAUCAUUCUCCAACAAUGGUUCCAUAUAUUGAUUAAAUGACAGCAAAAAGUAUAUUAUAAAUUUCAUCAUAGAUCACAAAGCCACAGUUGAUUAAUAAUGGGUAACAUAAACAUUCAUCCCAACUGUCUAAUAAAGAGGAGCUGAAAUCAUUAAAGCUAGAAAACUCUCAAGUGCUGCUUCUGCUGGUAAUGCAGCUAUGAAUCAUAUCACUACUUGGGUCAAUGGAACUCCUGAAGGUAUUAUAAUUCUUUAAUAAUCUUUAGGUGAUUAUACUUCUAUGGCCAUUCCAUCUGAUGGAAGUUAUGGAGUACCAAAGGGAUUGAUCUUCUCCUUCCCAGUUACAGUUAAGAAUGGCAAAUAUUCUAUUGUCUAAGGAUUACCUAUUUCACCAUUCUAUCAAGGCUUAUUAGAUAAGACUAUUAAGGAAUUAGUAGAUGAAAGAAAUGCAGUUGACCAUUUGCUUAAAUGAU